GGCGUGGGAGUCGUUUUGGACCGGGCAUUUCUACCAUCAUUAUGAGUUCGUACAUGACCGAGCGCAUUGAGGCGUUUCCUAUUAUGUUUUUUUUUCGAGUGGAGGGGUAGGUCUCAACUGCACAAUCAUGCUUUCGAUCCUCGUUAGUGGUCAAAACUCCACCUUCAGCCGUCGCCUUUAGCUUCAUGUCUUCAGUUUUGCAGAUUAACUGCUACUGAAUUGCCACCAGAGCGCAAUGUCAAAAGCGCAAAUUACAUUGUGAUGUCAAUUUCUGACAUUUGUCCAGUUUUGAAAUCUAGGCCUACUGAAUGAAUAAUGUAGACCUAGCCAACACUGUGCUCAAAAACUGUUAAAUUAUUAUAAGCCUUUUGCUAGAUAAUUGAUAGUCAUCAUGGGCAGUAGGCUUAUGCCUAUUUUGUCUGAAAAGCGAAAAAACAUCUAGAUUACAAAGCAGCUUUCACACAUUGCUCGGGCGUCUCUACAGUCUAACUGCUAUCAGACUAUUAAUAUUCAGAACAGCCAGUAGGCUAGGUUAAAUAUCCUUUUGAAUUAUCAUAGCCUUGAAACAAUUAGAGCAUAGCUAUCAGAAUAUUUACUGUAAACACUUUCAGUCCUGUGGCGUUUCCCAAACACAGUUCCGGCACGGCACAUGAAACGAAAGUGAAAGGAACCCUUUGGUUUCUUGUGGGUUUUGUGUAAGGGGUCCUGCUUUCAGCGGUGGUCAUGGCUUAUUAUGAGUCGUCAGACGAAACAAACCCCUGCCAAGCGACCCCCAUGUCCUUUCGCCAUCGUGGCACUGACCGGGAUGAUGAGGAAGAUGAUUGUAUACAAUUCAAUGAAGGAUACGACUCAUAUGACAAUUCGUAUUCCCAGCAGAUGGCGCCAUCAGCACACCAAAGGAUGGAACCCUGUCGGUUCUACAACAGGGGGCGAUGUCGGAACGGAGACAACUGCUCUUACUUGCAUGUGUGCAGGUUCUCCUGGAUAGGGUCCUGUCGUUAUGGCAACAGCUGCCAGCUGCGGCAUGUUGGGGACUCGGAUUCGGAUGACACAGGAAGAAGAAGUGACAUCACAGAAGGAAGACGGAAGAGGUCAGCAGGGACGAGGACAAACAGGAACUCCAGAGAAACACCAUCUUCCAGUGAUCAGCUGAAGAAUGGUCAGCUGUUUAAGUGGCAGUUAAAUGGUGGCCAAGGCUGGAUGGACAUAGCAAAUGACCUCAUCCUUGAGGCGCACUACUCCAAACCGUACACAGGGGGCAUCACACUCCACAAUACACCCUGGGGUGCCAUCUCUAUAGAUUUCCAGCUUCUGCAGGUGCGUCACAGACGGGACGUUCAGGUGCGUCGCCUGAGUUCCCCUCACACAGUGUGGAGCUGGUUCUUCAAGAGCGACGAGGGAUGGAGUCAGUACGGAGACACGGACACUCAGGGCAGAUGUUCAAAGGUUAACAGCGCCACUCUUGAGUCGGAGUAUCAGAAGAAUCAGCAGGGCUCUUACCAGUUCAAAUUCAGCUUGUACACCUACCAGAUCACAUUCAGAGACAUGCAUCAGGAAAACGUAAGCACUGGUGUUAGAAGACAAGUCCGACGCAGGCCCUGCUAUCCAGCUACUCAGAGUCCUGUGCAGGGUAAUGCCGCUCUGCCCCAAUCACAAGCUGUACUCACCCGAUCCAUGAGCGCCAUGAGCCUCCUUGGACUCUCCAGCGCCCCCAAGUGGCAGUUCAGUGGAGCUGGCAGCAGGUGGCACGACUACCAAUACAGGGUUGGAACCAACUUGGAAUGUUCCACAGACAGUGUCCUGAUUGAGGCUGAGUACCUUAAGAACCCGCAGGGCUCCAUGACCUUCACUGUGAGCGGACAGUCCUACCUGUUGGACUUUGCCAGCUUCUCAUGGAGAUGCAGCGUGGAGAUGUGCAAAUGUGGAUGUGCAAACUUUCAGCUAUGACGCAAACCAACACCAGCAUUGGGACGGUUCGCAAGGUCCGGCGAGUAUAAUACUCUCCAGGUUUCACCUCUGGCGCUAUGGAAUGACAUCCUCUGAUGCCUUAACAUCAUUGACAUGCUGCAUUGAACUGCUAGCUACUGCAACUGCCUUCUAAUGUUGCUUUACAUGUGCUAAAGAAUCAUUGCCUCUUUGACUUCCACAAGCAGGUAGCAGUUCUUUCUUCUUUCAGAAUCCCCUCAUUUUGGGCAGUACUUUGCAUAUCUGGGAUAACUUUUGUAUAUGGAUUAUUGAAUAGAAAUCAUGGAUACGUGUCUCAAGGAACAAGCUAGCUUAGUGAUCAUGCUACACAGGGCUGCCACUAACUUCUGUGAAAACUGAAAAGUGUUCUUCAUCAGACUGCCAUCCCAGACUUCAAUUUUAACAGAAAUAAUGUAUGUCUAUACUCAUUUCUGUGCCACAAUAUAAUGACCAUGAACACUAUUUGUGGGGUGAUUGGGUCUGUGGUAAUAGGCAGGUAUAAUAAAAGAAUUGAAAUGUUGGCUGAUUUACAAUGUUUACAUUAUAAACACACAUUCAUGAUUUUGUUUACAAUGUCCAAGCCAGAGAGUCACUCUGGCCUCCCGUGCUUCCCCUCUUCCCUCUCAUCAGGAAAGCUGUUUUGUUCUCAGGUCAGAAAUGAAAUGCAGUGUUUUGUAUUUUUUGUGGAAGGAUGAAUUUGUUUCUGUCAAUUACUCUUAAUAAAAUUGUAAUGACUGUGCUUUUGUUAAUGCAAACUGAUAUUAUUAAGUAAAUAAUGUGUGUGUGUGUGUGGGGGGUGGGGGGUGUGCUUUGUAUCUGAAAGUGCUUAAAGACAAGGUCUUAGGAGAGUCUAAACUAAAUUUGUCGUUGGUGUUUUCAUCAAAAUCACUCAAUCUUAUAAUAACAGAAAUACAAAUGUAUUAUUUUUAGCUAUUAAACUUACCUGGCAACCAACUCUGACAGAUGUCCUCCAAAUAGGCCCCUUUCUACGUUUUUACAGCGUUUUCUACACGACGACCAGUCAAACAUUUUGAAAGACGUUGGGUUUUGUUGUAAACAAAAAUGUGGCAAAUUAUUACAAAGAACAAAAUGUGGCAGAUUAAUAAAGUGAAACUUAAUUACA